AUGGGCGGUCGAACGAUGAAGCGGUUUAAAAAGCAGUUGUCGCACGCUCUCAGGUCACCGGCCAGCGGCGUAUGUCCGGUGGUGUCUGGUCAUCACGACGUGCACCCGGCGUGUUUUAGCGCUCCCUCGGCAGGCACACAUAAGGAAAACGAUUUGAAAAUACGUUGUUCGCAGUCGACGUUUUCGUUCAUGAACGAGUCGAUUUCGGAGCUGUCUGAGGGAAUCGAGGAUGUCCAUUUGAUGGCCGAGAACGGUGAGUGUGAAUGUGGAUGCGUUUUUGUUUUUACCUUCAGAUGUCACCAGCUUACCUGCCUUGACGUUCUCAUUGUCGUCUUUUCUUCUACUUCAGUAUGUGCAAUUAUAUUUACGGACUCGAGGUGA